AUGCUCUACAAGGCCUACCGCGCCCGCAUGAGGGCCGGAAAGCAGGGCGGUGUCGUCGCUCUUGCUACCGAUGAGAACGUUCAGUACUUGAUCAUGGCUCUCGUCUGGCUCUUCUCGCGCCAGAUCCCCCUUGCCAUACUCCCCUUCUCCGUAUACUCCGUCUUCCACGUCGCUACCUAUGUGCGCUCCAACCUGCUGCCCACCAUCCAGCCCCCACCCGCUGCUCAGGCCGGCGCCAAGCCACAAGGCUCCGCCGCCUCCGAGGCUAUUGGCAAGUUCGUCAAGGAGUACUACGAUGGCUCCAUGACUCUUGUUGCCCUACUUGAGAUCUUCCUCUGGUUCCGCGUCCUCGGCUCUGCCAUGCUCUUCCAGAAGGGCUCAUGGAUCCUCCUCGCUGUCUACACUGUCUUCUUCCGCGCUCGCGUUGCGCAGAGCAGCUUUGUCCAGGAGGCUAUCAACCAGCUCACUGCCCGCAUUGACGCUCAGCUUGCCAACCAGAGCACUCCUCCCGCUGCCAAGCAGGGUUGGGCUACCUUCAAGGGCAUUGUCAAGCAAGCCGGCGAUGCUACUGACAUCCGCAGGUACGUUGGCGGACAACAGGGAGCCCCUAAGAAGGCACAGUAA